GCUCGAUGGAGGAAGAUGUCGGGAUGGCACGUCUUUUGGGGCCUUGUUUUUGUCCAUUCGAGGGUAUUACCGAGGAACCAGGCAGUGACAGCGUAGUCGUCCCAUCGGCUGUGCCUGAUAGCAUGAUAGGAAGCGAUGACGCUCUGCUUACCGCUGUUCCUGAAGAGUUUAACAAUCCCGGCCGGAUCAAAGAAAUAGUAGAGCCUUGCGUUAGAUGCAAAGUCAAGGAUGUUGAUAUUAUCGCCAUUAAUAGCGGUGUGGUUCCAGUUCCAAGCGCGAGAAGCAGCUCUCUUGGUAGCUCUACAUCAUCUGCUUCGACUCCUCUGACGCCACCACGGCGCUCCAGUCCGCCAUCAUCUUGGGUCGGCUGGCGCGUACACGAGCCGGACAAGGCGAAUACAGAACUGACUGAGAGCCCUACGAUGUCUGAGCGUUCCGGUUCGGACUCCACUUCGACGGAACCCCCAGAUUUGUUGCUUAUGAAGGAGAAGCAGGUAUCGACGCCACCUCUCGAGGCGCAAAAGGAACCAGUCGUGCCUGAUCUCUCUCAUGAUGAGUUAUGGGUGAAAGUUGAUUAGUCGAGAAUCACAUGCAUGAUCAGUAAUGAGGCAUCUUAGAUAGUACAUAAGUAAUCAGAUUACGGUCACUUUCCAACAUGAUUAAGAUCUUGUCACUUGGGAUGAUUACAAGCUGUAUGUGUAUCUCUAAAUCUUGCUCCUGCAGGUUUUCUCGGCGCUCCUUCAAUAUCGGUUGAUGCAGGAGACUCGCUUCCGAUGACUGACAGCACCGGAUGUCCAUCGCCGUCUUUGUCGCAAGACUUGUUGUUUUCUUUUCAAGACAGUGCGUUUGGUGGUAGAUCAUCUCGCCUGGGGACGCCCACAAAUGACGCACUGCAACAAGCGAAAGCAGCGUCUAAAACCACCACCCCGGGGGCGGGUGGAGUGGGUACUUACUCAUACAGCCCCCUGGACAGGACCAUUGGUACUAUGCCUUCUACUUCCGAGGACCUGAUACCAUUUGGAUCAUCUUCCGUUGUCACUACUACAUUGCCCCUAUUUCCGCUGCUGAACCCGGAAAGCUUGCGCUGGACAGAGCGAGUUCAAGAAAAUAGCGGCACCGAAGAUGUUCCAAUCACUGGGUUCCCACAAUCACCCAUUCCCCUUCUGCGACCGCGACCAAAAAGUGUAUCUCCAUUAUGAAAUAGCAAAUGUGGACUUUCACACGACAACUCUAGACGUACUUCGUCAAAGUUGGAAUGUCAAUGUUAUUGUAUCUUCGACGAUCUUGAGUUUGUAUCACUAACACUAUCUUUUCUAAUAUGAGUUCCCGGUCUUCCAGACCAAAUCUUACGUGAGGACCACCUCGUUGAGGACGAGCUUGACGAAGAGAGAACGCCAGGAAAUACAGCCGAAGUUUUCGGACGCCUUCUGAGCCCGCGGCCUUCUCGACAUCCCUCUGAUGCUUCUACCAUGGGCGCUUGCAUGCGACGGGUAUCACAAGUAGCAGUAACGGUAGAAAGCAGUAUGAGUUUCGACACGAGUUGUAGUUGUGAAGACUAUGAUCUUGCGGGAGACGUCGAUACUGAAACACACCAAGAAAACCAUCGUGCUGAUAGCCGUCAGUGUAGCCAACGAGCCACUACAGCGAGUUGGUGUUCUUUCCGUGACAGUAAUGCUCUUGCUGAGCAUGUCUGCGGCUGCGCACCUGAUAUCGAGGCUCGGGAUCAGUCGGGUGUGGUUCCGAUUUUUGUCGACAUUACCGACUUUCUUCAUAAAGAGGACGAUCUCGAUGGGUCCCCUCGUGGUCGGGUUGCUCAAGCUAUCUCACAAGGGAAAACCGGUGCACGCACGACGAGUCGCGCUUCCCCCGAACGAUCCGGAGAGUCAAUGCCUACGAAACGCAGCAGAGUCCUCGUGCCCCGUGGUCGAGACUCCCAGAUGCAGGGAAAGAGUUGUGCUUGUGGUUCUGGAGGAACAGUUCAGCUUUCAGAGCAGGAGUCAAGAGUAAGUCACUGUCUCUUCAUCAAGGAUAUUGAAGUUCAGCAUAUCAUGGGAUACGUUGGUCCACCAGGCUCUGGUGCCUCUUCGUCUGCAGGAGGACCCUCGCAGCGACGCUCUCGAGUCAAUGCGUUUUGUGAG